UUUGUUAGGCACUAAGCUUGAAAACGCUGAGAGUGAUUUCAUUAAGCCUCACCUUCUCUUCCUCACGAAGCUGUGAAACUCAGAAAACAAUGGCUUCCAGCUUCAGCAAUCUCGCCCUCCUGGCUCUCGCCGUCGCAUUCUGCGUUCAGGGAACCCUAGGCGAGAUUGCAUGCGAGAAUCUGGACCGCGGGUCGUGCGCCUUCGCCGUGUCGUCCACGGGCAAGCGGUGCGUGCUCGAGAAGCAGGUGAGGAGGAGCGGGGAGGAGGCCUACACAUGCCGGUCCUCGGAGAUCGAGGCCGACAAUCUGAAGGACCAUGUCGAGACCGACGCGUGCAUCGCCGCGUGCGGGCUCGACCGGAACACUCUCGGGGUCUCGUCGGAUUCCCUCCUCGAGUCUCGCUUCACCCAAAAGCUCUGCUCCUCCGGGUGCUACGAGAACUGCCCCAACAUCAUCGAUCUCUACUUCAGUCUCGCCGCCGGUGAAGGCGUGUUUCUUCCCAAACUAUGCGAGGCGCAGAGAGGGAUUGCGCGCAGAGGAAUGGCGGAGAUCCGGAGCUCAGGCGAUGUGGCUCCAGGACCGGUUCAAUCUGUCCAGUUCAUUGGAGGCGCCCCGGCAAUGGCGCCUUCUUACUAAUCACUUUGGUUCAUUCUCCAAAGCAGAUCACGGCAGAAGUUCUGUCGAUAGAAUAGGCUAUACGUGUUUGUUUCGAUUCCAUUAUAUACCUAGAACGAUGGUUGCCGGGCCUGCGUGCUUCGCCGAUUCGUCACGUGCUUGCGGACGUGCAUUAGUAUGCUUAAACUAUGUAUGCACAAGCAUUUUGGAUUGAAGCUCCAACAUAUGUAUCUGCAAUAAAGUGCUCUAUAGGAGCAUCA